AUGGUAACAAAAAAGGUGGCAGUUUAUACAGGAAAAGUGUAUUUGAAAGAGGGAUAUAUGAUAUACAAUGAGCAUCCUGCUAUCACUCUUCUUCUUUCCUUUUUUUUUCCUCUGUCGGCAUCACCGUGUGACCGUGUCACACUAUCACUGACUCUCUCUUCUUGUGAUCUUGUCUUCAUUUCUUCUUCAUUUCUUUUUUCUUGUGAAUUUGCUCAGCUUUUUCGCACUCAUGUUGGCAUUGACCCAGAUGCUCAUAUUGACUUGCAUGAGCUGGGGAUGGAGCUCUGUUCUGAGGCACUUGAGGAGACGGUUACAAGUGAAGAAGCACAAGGUCUUUUUGACAAGGCUGCUGCUAAGUUCCAGGAGGUAGCUGCUUUGGCUUUCUUCAAUUGGGGAAAUGUUCAUAUGUGUGCAGCAAGGAAACGCAUUCCCUUAGAUGAAUCUGCUGGAAAGGAGGUAGUGGCAGCACAACUUCAUGUGGCUUAUGACUGGGUUAAGGGAAGAUAUUCUCUGGCCAGAGAGAAGUAUGAGGAGGCACUCCUGAUUAAACCGGACUUUUAUGAGGGGUUGCUGGCUCUUGGGCAGCAGCAAUUUGAAAUGGCCAAACUUCAUUGGUCAUUUGCACUUGCCAAGAAGAUGGAUCUUUCUAGUUGGGAUUCUGCCGAAACUCUUAAACUUUUUGACAGUGCAGAGGAAAAGAUGAAGGCUGCAACCGAGAUGUGGGAGAAGCUGGAGGAGCAGAGAGCAAAUGAGCUAAAAGAUCCGCAUAACUGAAUGUAAAGCCCAAUGAAAUCUCUCCCCCCCCCAAAAAAAAGGCCCAAUGCCUAA